AUGAAAGAUGCCAUAGCCACGAGUGUUUUAUCUAAGCAAUGGCAGUCUCUUUGGAAGAAGAUGCAUGAACUCAAGUUUGACUAUCGGGAUCACAAUCUUACACGCGGGACGUUUUCAAAGGAUGUCUGCACGUGUUUGCUUUCACACAAAGCUCCGGUUUUACAGAGCUUGCAUCUCAAUGUUCAUCUAGACAGAUGUAACCCAGAGGAUACUGGAAUCUUGAUCGGAGUUGCGUUUGGACUCCAUGUGCUUAAGCUGGUACUCGAAGUUCAAAGUAUAGGGCAAGACUUCAUUUUUCCAAGAAGCUUGUAUACCUUUAAAACACUAGAGAUAUUGAAACUCAAGUGUAAAGUUCUCAUCGAUUUACCUUCUCAACUUUGUCUGAAAUCCCUUAGAACUCUACACCUUCACUAUGUGGAUUACAAAGACGAUGAGUCAGUUGUUAACCUUUUAUCUGGAUGUCCUAAUCUUAGAACUUUGUCUGUGCAUCGACAUGCAAUAAGCUACACUGUGAAUACUUUCACUAUUGCGGUGCCAUCUUUACAGAAGCUAUCGAUUUAUAACAGCCAUGGUGGAGAUCAGAAUUGGGGAUAUGUGAUCAAUGCUCCUUCUUUGAAAUACUUGAAGAUUAAAUUGUUUUCUGGUCUAGGGUUUUUUCUGAUUGAGAAUGUGAUGACGGAUUUGGAGGAAGCAACUAUUGUUAUUGUCCCUAAAAUAAUCGACGAGAACAUUUUGGGAUCACUUACUUCAGUCACACGUCUUUCCUUGAAGAUAUCACCCUUGGCGCUGGUAUCUUUGGAGCUGCAUGAAAAUAAAGAAACGUGGUGGAAUCUACUUACCUCCAUGCUCGAUAUUUCUCCUAAAUUGCAAGUCCUCAAGCUCAUCAACCAACUGGGUAAGGCUAGUGUGAAAUGGAAUCAGCCAAAGAACGUUCCUGAAUGUUUGCUGUUUCAUCUUGAGAUAUUCAUGUGGAAAGGCUACACAUGGCAACGAGCAGAUGAAAAAGAAGUGGCGAGAUACAUUCUAGGGAACGCAAACCGUUUAAAGAGGGCAACUUUUUACUCAAAACGCAUUAGUCAUGAAGAUGAGGAGGAUUUGAAAAAUGUGGUCAGGGAUACAAGUUCUUGCCAGCUUCUGUUCAAAUGA